AUAUAAAAUGUGUGAGAAUACAGAUAAAACGCCUGGCAGAAAGGCUAUGGAAAUAAUGGAGAGUAUGCACAGAGAUCUGAUAUUCAAAAAACCCACUGGGACAGUUAGAAGAAGAACAGUAAAAAAAGUAUUAGAUGAAGAAACAUAUGUUGAGGCAAUUGGUAAAAUCAUUCAGAGAGAUUUUUUCCCUAAUCUAGAGAAACUCAAAGCCCAAAAUGAUUACCUAGAUGCUCUUGAACGCAAUGACACAAUUAAAUUGAAGGAACUCCACAUGAAAUAUAAUGGAAAUAAAACAGUUCCAGAGCGAUUACCUAGCCCAGCCACUUUUGAGACUCCAGUAAAUAUUCACAAUUCACAAGUUCCUGAAGAACAGCAGACUGAGAAAAUUGAUUUGAAAGAAGAAUCAAAGCCAAGAGAGAACAAGUUAAGUCUUGACCAAUAUUUGAACUCACACACUUCCCAGGACAAUGAGAGUUUCGAAGAAAUCCUCAUAGAAUCAGAGAGAAAACAAAGACAGAAAUACUCUUACCUCUUCAAUGAGGAAGAGAAGAGCCAAAUUGAACAAAAAGGGGCUCUAGCUCUGCCUUCCAUUGAACAACAAGUACAAGUUCCAGAGAAAAAACUGAAUCUGGAUACUUGGGGUUACAAGAACAGAAAUUACAUUAUGUAUGUACCAGAUGGAGUGGAAUUAUCUGAACAAGAUGAAAUUGAACUGAAUAAAAGGAGACAAGAAGUUGUCCAUCUCAACACUAGGUUAGAAGUCAAUCCCUUCAAUGAGGUGCAAAGUAGAGAAGCAAUAACUGAAUUGGCUAAAAGUCAGGCUAAGGUUUUGGAUGGUAGAAUCGGUGUUGACGGCAAAGAGCUUUUACAAUCCGAUGCGACGACAGUCAAUGGCUUCGGUUUCGUCAGAGAACCUUCCCCCUCCCCCUCUCUCAUCGGCAGCCCUCUGAUGACGUGGGGACAGAUCGAAGGAACGCCGUUCAGAUUGGAUGGAAGUGAUACGCCUCUAUCAAGGGCACAAGGACCUUCUUUCAAAAUUUGUGACCCGCCUAGACGAGAACAGCUGGCGCUGGCGUUAGCCGAGAAAGUCGGAGAGAAUACCAGAAACCAGAAAAAGAAAAAUCUUGAUGCGCAGAGAAGACAAUUUGCAUCACCGUCGCCGAGACCCCACACCAGCGCCAUCGACAGACUGGCAACGAUGUCACCUGCCGCGCGGAAGCUGGCAACGGCGCGCCUGAGACUCGGCCUCGGCUCAGGCUCGGACCUGAGGUCCGCCUACUCGCCCCUGAGGUCCGCAUAUUCUCCCAGUCCUGUUAUUGGGCGGAAAAGCACGCCCAGGCGAGGGUCCACGCCAUUGGUCAACUUGAAGCAGGGCAAAGACUUGUCUACGGAUGAUUUGCUGAAGUUGCCUAGUAGGAAGAAAGCGGCGGAUUUCUUUUGAGCUAUGCAACACUCUUCUCAAUGGAGUUAUUGAGAUGUAUAUACUUAUUCAAUGUUGAUAACAA